GUAGCAAUGUUCAUGGUGGGGUGUAUGCGUCUCUAGAGUAUAGAGAGAGAGAGAGUUUUUAGAGAGAGAAUUUUUAGAGAGACAGAGAAUGGAGGAGUUUAUGAUGGGGAGGAAGAUCUGUGGGCGUCGUUACAAUCGAUCGAGGCAUCCUCGCCUUCGAUGGACCCCUGAUCUCCACCUCCGCUUUGUUGCGGCCGUCGAACGCCUAGGCGGAGAAUACAAAGCGACGCCGAAGCUUGUUCUUGAGCUGAUGGAGGUUAAAGGUCUCACCCUCGCUCACGUUAAGAGCCAUCUUCAGAUGUAUCGAAGCAUGAAGAAUGAAGAGGGUGGUGAGGAUCAUUUCCUGAAGAGACCAGGGGAGGUGAUAGAUAGUAGCUCUCUAUGUGGCAUUCGUAAACGUAUGAUUUCACCCACAGUUGAUCAUCACCAACAUGUUCACCAUCAAGGUGCAUUUAAAUUUGAAUUAGGGUUUCCAGUCCAAUGGAACAGUUAUGAAGAGAGUUGUGCACCUUUGAAAGAGUUAGGCCUCUUGGAUUCCUUGAAGAAGAAGUCUAAGACAAGUAUGGAAGAUGAGGAGGCUUACAAGGGAGGAGUGGAUGUGUCCUUGACUCUAGGAAGGACUCUUUUAUCAUUGUAGAAUCUGUAGUCCAUUCUCUUAUAUUCUGGAAUUCCUUUUCCCCUGCACUUUCUUGCAUCUUUUCCAUAGGGUAAGAGGCUAUAAAUUGUAAACUUUGUUUAUCCACUACUAAAGGAAGUUUAGAUUUGCUUGCAUAUUUCAUUUGGGUAGA